CACAAGUUUUUCAGUUUUCACUUGUAUGCCCCUCUCUCACUCUCUCAGCGGUGUCUCCGUCAAGUGUGACUCAAUAAAAAUGUCUGACAUUGUUUUCCCUCACUAAUUCUUUCUGUUAUUUCUCCUCAUUUUCGCUCGCAUCUUGGUUUCUAUUUAAACACACCUGCGCGCACUCAAACACUCUCUCUCUCCUCAACCUCCAACUUCUUACACUCAGAACAUAGUUUCGUCAUCUCUCUUCCUCCAUUGCCGAACUUAGGGUUUCCGUUGAUCGACAUUGUUCUUAAUCAAACCAAUCGAUUUAUGUUUUCGUAAACAAAAUUGGUUACGAUUUCAAUCUGUUUUUUGAUAGAUUUGUUGAAAUGGCGUUCCAGUAAGUUAAAUCAAAGAGAGGAGAUAAAAGAAGACGAACGUCAAUGGCGGCGAGUUCCGCCGGUGGAUUUACGACGCCAUUCUUAAGCAUUAAGCUGCGUAAUCUCCACGGCGACGUUUCAUUUCUUCGACUCCAUUGUCAAAGCUUCGACAUCUCCGCUGCCGCCGGAAAUAAGAAUUGCCGGAGGUUUUUAUCUGGUGUUGGCGACGGCGUAGAUGAAUUCAAAGGAGGAGAGAGAAUUAGACGAAUAUGCUGUUGUUGCUCUUCAGACGCGGUGAUUCUGCAGAAAAGGCGCGGUGAAAAGCGCGAAGAAUGGCCGCGAUUUGAUCCGAAGAAGAGUUCUGCAAUUGCUCGUAGGGUUCGUAGUCAAGCCUUGCCUUCAUUGCCUUUUGCUUCUCCUCCAGUUCGCUUUCGUUCUAAACCCCGUUGUAGUCCACGUACCUCGGGUCCACAAUCUCGCGACACACCACCUAAGAGAGACACUGGUAUCGCUAAUGAGAAAGAUUGGGGCAUCGAUUUGGUGAAUGAAAACAUAAAUGAAGCUGGUGUCAGUGAAGAUGGCAGUAUCUGGCAUCGUGAAAGUGGGGAAGAGCUUGGGGAAAAUGGAUAUAGAUGUCGAUGGACAAGGAUGGGUGGUCAGUCCCAAGACGGUUCUUCUGAAUGGAAAGAAACGUGGUGGGAGAAAAGUGACUGGACCGGUUAUAAAGAGCUAGGUGUUGAAAAAUCUGGAAGAAAUGCCGAGGGAGAUUCAUGGUGGGAAACAUGGCAAGAAAUGCUGCACCAAGAUGAGUGGAGUAAUAUAGCAAGGAUUGAGAGAAGUGCCCAGAAACAGGCUAAAUCUGGCUCUGAAAAUGCUGGAUGGUAUGAAAAAUGGUGGGAGAAAUACGAUGCUAAAGGCUGGACAGAGAAAGGGGCACACAAGUAUGGCAGACUGAAUGAACAGUCAUGGUGGGAAAAGUGGGGAGAGCAUUAUGAUGGAAGAGGAUCUGUUUCAAAAUGGACAGAUAAGUGGGCCGAGACAGAACUUGGAACUAAAUGGGGAGACAAGUGGGAGGAGAAAUUUUUCUCUGGAAUUGGUUCACGCCAAGGAGAAACUUGGCAUGUAUCUCCCAGUGGUGAACGUUGGUCUAGGACAUGGGGAGAAGAGCAUUUUGGAAAUGGCAGCAAGGUACACAAGUAUGGCAAGAGCACAACCGGAGAAAGUUGGGAUAUAGUGGUGGAUGAAGGAACAUACUACGAGGCUGAACCUCAUUAUGGAUGGGCGGAUGUUGUGGGUGAUUCAACACAGCUGCUUUCAAUCCAACCACAAGAGAGACCUCCUGGUGUCUAUCCAAACCCUCCACUGCCACCACCUAUUGACGAUUUGUCAUCUUCCUCAUGACCAAGGAAAGCAAUUUUUUCUAGUUAGUUUUAGUUCAAUUCUAGUUAGUUUGAUACGUGAAAUUCAUUUGUCAUGGUUAGAAACUCAAGUCAUAACAGAAUCGCACGUCAUUCUUCCACGAUUGAUUGAUUCUUUUCUCAUCGAAUUCUUCUUGGUUAAUAAAAGGAACAUUCAUAAUCAAUCAAUGAACUCUACUUCUGUGA